AUGUUCACCACCAAACCAUACGUCCUAGGCGUAGGGCUGUUGAUAUUUAUCAUAUUGCUAAUCGGUGGCGGUCAAGGAAAAGAUGACAGAUGUCGCCGACCAGUUACUAAAAACUGUAAUUCGUCAGAAUCAUAUAUCGAAGGCUGGAAAUUUACCGGGUGGUACUACCACACGGAGUUAAGAAUGUGCCGACCUUUAUAUACGCCGAAUGGAUGGCACAUUUGCCCGGAAAACUAUGAACUACCCGAGGCCAGAGAAAUGUGCGAAGACUUAUGCGCUGAACAGUGCAUCAUGGCUAACGGUGCAUCAGGUAUUUGUAUGUCCAAUGAAAUAUGUAGGAUGUAUAAUCAUAAGCCCCUCGCACACAAACCAUGCGGCAGUAACAGCUUAAAUUGCUGUGCCAAAGUAACCGACAAAGAGCUGUUACCAUACACUGGACCUGUGAAUGACAUGGGCGGUAUCGUCCAAGUCGGAGUCCGCAAAAAACUCAAUGAUCCAGGAUAUCCACGUGAUGCAUUUAGCUACAUCUAUUUUCUACCGUAUCAUAUAAAUGAUGAGGAUCACAGAUGUCGUCGACCGGUAACGGAAAAUUGUAAUGCUUCCGAAUCUUAUAUUAAAGACUGGGAAAAUACAGGGUGGUUUUACGAUCCUAGUUUGAGAGCGUGCCUACCUUUAUACACUCCAGAAGGCUGGCACACUUGCACCAAAAAUUAUGAUCUACCUCAGACAAGAGAAAUAUGCGAAGGGUUAUGUGCUGAAUCAUGUACCAUGGACAACGGUUCGAUGGGUAUUUGCUUGGCCAAAACAGUAUGUAAUAUCGAGUUUUACGGUAGAGUAAUAUUCUUGGAUUCCUGCGGCAGUAGAAGUCUAAGAUGCUGUCCUCAGAUACCCGAUAGCAGAUUAGAAAAAUUUAGUAUGCCACCGAAAGAAGGAAUCAUUUUAAAAGUAAGGCGUAGAACCCAGUCCCCAUCGCGCGAACAACCAGUAUUUUAUGUUUACGAUAUUCCAGUUAUAACUUAUGCGGAUCCCAGAAAAUAUAAAUAA